AUGAUACUUGAUGGUGGCCUUUUUAUCCUCAGAGUUCCCCAUGAGAGGAAAAAAGAGAACAAGAAGCAAGAGGUACUGCCUGAAGACCAGCCCUUGCCUGAUGGGCAGAUGCUGCAGAAGGGGGAAGGUGUCCAGAUCUUUAAGGACAAAGCAAAAGACACAGGAGGUGACAAGGCUACUAAGGAAGGCCCAUCUCUUGGCAGAACGGAACCGAGAAAAGAUGCCAAGGAGACCUAUGUGCAUGGAAUCAGAAAGGGCUUUCGUUACGUGGCCAUUGCUCAGUUCUUGAAAGUGCAUGUGGCCCAUCUGCCCCAGCAGGGCCCCUUCCGGCACUUCAUGGACAUGAAGGCAGAGAAGAGACUAGCCGGCCGGAAGGAGUGCCGCAGUCGCUUUGGAGACAUCAGCGUGCGCAAAUGCUAUCAGUUUGGGCAGAUCUUCUCCCCUUUCCAGGCCCUUGCCACAACGGAGAUGCAAAGGCUGGUGUUUCCCCGAGACCUGCCCAUGAGUCCGAACCUGCAGAGAAUGGGAAUUUCCUGCACCACUGAAGGGAAUCUCCAGGAUUCAGAGCUGGGUGUGAGAAAGGAUGACAGCAACCACAAGAAAGAGAAGCCAGUGAGUCACAUUAAAAUGCCUUUAUUCCCCCCAAUAGUUAAAGCAACAAAAUCUAAUGACAUGAAAUAA